AUGGAGCCCCUCACCGAGCUCAGCCAGGAGGGCGCGGGCGGCGGGGAGCCGCCGGGCGACGGGCCGCUCUGGACCGCUGUCUUCGAAUACGAGGCGUGCGGCGAGGACGAGCUGAGCCUGCGGCCGGGGGACGUGGUGCAGGUGCUGUCCCGGGACUCGCACGUGUCCGGCGACGAGGGCUGGUGGACGGGCAAGAUCGACCAGCGCGUCGGCAUCUUCCCCAGCAACUACGUGAGCAGCGGCGUGCAGGGGGGCGGCCCGGAGCUGCGCGCCCGAUACCCGCCGCCCCCCGCCAUACAGCUCCUAGAGAUCGACUUCUCAGAGCUUGUUCUGGAAGAAAUCAUUGGCAUAGGGGGCUUCGGAAAAGUGUAUCGAGCUGUAUGGAUAGGAGAUGAGGUUGCUGUCAAGGCAGCUCGCUACGACCCUGAUGAGGACAUCAGCCAGACCAUUGAGAAUGUCCGCCAGGAGGCCAAGCUCUUUGCCAUGCUAAAGCAUCCCAACAUCAUUGCCCUCAGGGGCGUGUGUUUGAAGGAACCUAAUCUUUGCCUGAUCAUGGAGUUUGCCCGCGGAGGAUCGCUCAAUAGGGUGUUGUCUGGUAAAAGGAUACCUCCUGACAUACUGGUGAACUGGGCAGUGCAGAUUGCCAGAGGAAUGAACUACCUGCACGAGGAAGCAAUUGUUCCCAUAAUUCACCGUGACCUCAAGUCCAGCAACAUACUGAUACUCGAAAAGGUGGAAAAUGGAGAUCUGAGCAACAAGAUGUUGAAGAUCACGGAUUUCGGCUUGGCCAGGGAAUGGCAUAAAACUACCAAAAUGAGCGCAGCUGGGACAUAUGCCUGGAUGGCUCCUGAGGUCAUCCGCUCUUCCAUGUUCUCCAAAGGCAGCGAUGUUUGGAGUUAUGGUGUGCUGCUUUGGGAACUGCUAACAGGAGAAGUGCCAUUCAGAGGAAUUGAUGGUCUUGCAGUAGCAUAUGGUGUUGCUAUGAAUAAGCUUGCCCUUCCAAUCCCUUCCACGUGUCCUGAGCCUUUUGCCAAACUCAUGGAAGAUUGCUGGAACCCUGACCCACACUCACGACCUUCCUUUGCCACUAUCCUAGACCAUCUUACUGCCAUAGAAGAGUCUGGUUUUUUUGAAAUGCCCAAAGAUUCCUUCCACUCCCUGCAGGAAGACUGGAAACAAGAGAUCCAAGAGAUGUUUGAUCAGCUCAGAGCCAAAGAAAAGGAGCUGCGCACAUGGGAAGAAGAGCUGAGUCGUGCUGCUGUUGAACAGAAGAACCACGAGGAGCUGCUACGAAGGCGGGAACAGGAACUGGCAGAACGCGAAAUUGACAUCCUGGAAAGGGAGCUCAACAUCAUCAUCCACCAGCUGUGUCAGGAGAAGCCUCGGGUCAAGAAACGCAUGGGGAAGUUCAAGAGGAGCCGGCUCAAGUUAAAGGAUGGCAAUCAUAUCAGCUUGCCUUCAGAUUUUCAGCAUAAAUUCACUGUGCAGGCUUCUCCAACGAUGGACAAAAGGAAAAGUUUGAUCAGUAGCUGCUCCAGCCCUCCUGCAAGUCCUACAAUUAUUCCCAGACUCAGGGCCAUACAGUUGACACCUGCUGAAAGCAGUAAAACGUGGGGACGAAGCUCAGUCCUUCCAAAGGAGGAAGGAGGAGAAGAAGAAGAGAAGAGAGGCCAGAAGAAAAAGGGACGCACUUGGGGACCAAGCUCACUUUGUCACAAGGAGCUAGGUGCAGGAGAAGAGGGUCUGAAAGCUCUGGUAGAAGGAUGCAAGCAGUGGUCAUCCAGUGCACCAAAUCUUGGGAAGAUCCAGAGAACUGCACCUGCCUUUCCAGGAUUCACCAGCUUAGCAGAGAUGGAUGAUGAGGACAGCGAAUGUUUUAAUGGAGAGGGCAAAGUGCACCCUUCACCUGUGCACAAUCAGUCAUACCUCUGCAUCCCAUUUCAGAAGAAUGAAGAGUGGGAUGGCCCUUCUAGUGAUGCCAAUGAGGAGUCCACCCCUGUAAACUCUGCUACCAGUACCCCACAGCUGACACCCACCAACAGCCUCAAACGUAGCGGCUCCCACCACAAGCGAUGUGAGGUUGCGUUGCUUGGCUGUGGAGCAGUGCUGGCUGCUGCAGGCCUGGGUUUUGAUCUUUUAGAAGCAGGGAAGUGUCAGCUACUGAUUGAGGAAGAGCCAGAGAUGCCCAAGGAAGAGAAGAAGAAGCGUGACAGCAUUUUUCAGCGAGCUGGGCGCCCACGGAGGAGCACUAGUCCACCUUCCCGGAAGAUCUUCAAGAAGGAUGAUCCCCUGCUGUUGCUAGGCGAGCCAUCCACAUCCCUCACUCUUCUUUCCCUGUCUUCCAUUUCCGAAUGUAAUUCCACCCGGUCCCUGCUGCGCUCAGACAGUGAUGAAAUUGUGGUUUAUGAGAUGCCUGUCAGCCCAGUGACAGUCAAGGCUCCCUUGCCAGCCAUUACCAACCCACUGGUCAAUGUCCAGAUUGAGAGGUUCAAACAAGACCCCAACCAGUCCCUGACUCCCACACACGUGACAGUCUCUUCCCACACCCAGCAAAGCGGACACAGGCGCACACCUUCUGAUGGAGCCAUCAAAGGGAGUGGACUGGUUGUCAAUGGGUGCCCAACCAGUGGAUGCCCUUCCAGUAGCUGUUUAACUGGAGCACUGGGAGCAGGUGUAUUAAAAACACCUAGUCCGAGCAGAGAUCCCAGUGAAGUCCCUCGCCUGCCAGACCCCAACCUUGUUUUUCCUCCAACCCCGAGACGAUGGAAUGCACAGCAGGAUCCCACACUAGAAAGACCCAAGACUUUGGAGUUCCUGCCCCGGCCACGUCCUGCAGCCAGUCGGCAGCGGCUUGAUCCCUGGUGGUUUGUGUCACCCAGCAAUGCCAAGGGUGAAUCUUCUGCCAACAGUUCAAGUACUGAUACUCCAAGCAAUCUGGACUCUUGUUUUGCUAGUAGCAGCAGCACUGUAGAAGAGAGACCUGGGCUGCCUGCACUGCUUCCUUUCCAGGUGGGUCCUCCUGCAGAGGAGCGGACACUGUUGGACAUAGAUGCUGAGGGGCAGAGCCAGGACAGCACCAUUCCGCUAUGCAGAAGUGAACUUAACACACACAAAGCUGCAGCAUAUGAACUCAAGCAAGAAUUCUGGUCUUAAUAUGAAACCACUGGGGGCAAUGAGCCCCUCUAAAUUCAAUCCUACUUUUUGCACUGAGAAUGCACUUUGAAAACAGACAAGAUGGAGGGAUGCUACAGAGAUCAUAUGGUGCUGCCUCUGCUGAAGAUGUGUUGCCAGCUGCCUAAUUUUUGUUUGCAUUUGGGUGAAACUUGGCAACUCUGAGCUGCUGACUUUUGCUGUGGGGUUUUUCUGUAGUCUUCCCUGCCCUCUUAUUGCAGUUUGAAUCUGCAAUGAGCUAAAAUUACCAUAUCAAAGUCUUUUGUUACUGACCUUGUAGGAUUUGGCACUUGCAGUAAGUAUAUUGGUAUCUAUCCUGGUAUUAAUCAGUAUUUUCAAAUAAUAUUCAAAUAGUACACUACAGCAGACAUCAGUGUUUGAUGUUUUCCCAAGGAAUCCAGAACAAAAACAAAUAAAUAUCUGGAGACUACCUUCUCUGAAAUACACAGAUCAUUAGACAGGCCUGGGAAUCAUCAUACCCCCAGUGAAAGAGCAGAAGUAGCUAUCUUAAGACUUGUUUGUCCUCUUUUGCUCGUGAGACAGCAUAAGGUGGAACAGAUGGCAGGGGAAAGCAUGGCAUCUCCACUGGUGGAGGUCUUUGAGAGCAGGUGAACCAGACUGUUGGAAACAAGUAGGUGUAGUUGAUCCUGGCUUCAGGGUAGGUUGGAUGUAUUUCAGUGCUCUCUUGAGGUCCCUCUCAGCCCUAUUUUUUUUUAUGACUCUGUGCUUUCAAGAUGAGGGCUUAUGGUAUAGCUGUUUAGCUUGUUUUUUUAUUUCAGGCUUUCAUUCCAUCAGUCUCUUUUUUUCCUACCCUGUUUCUCAGGCUCAUAGUCAAGUUGCCUCAGCUUUGGGAGGGGAGUUAGCAGAAACUUUCUUUAAAGAUGUGUUGGCUUGCAGAAGUAAGUUAUGUGUUUCCGAAUCUUUUUCUUUCCAUUUUUUUCUUCUUUCUUACACCUUUUAGGAAUGACCCAUGAAACCCAAGAUUGUUCUUAUGUACACUGGUACUUGUUUAAGGCUGUUUUGAAAAUAAGGCUUGUUAGCAGUUGGAUUGUACAAAUAGGAAUCAGAACGUUUGGAUUCUGUUUUAUUUUGUCACUGACUCACUGUGUGACCCUGGGCAAAUAAUAUAACCUCUGUGCCUGAAUUUCCCCAUCUGUAAAUAAUAGGAAUAAUACCUACCUCACAAGGGGAG